CAGAGAAGGCACGCGCACGCCAUUCGCAUUGUGUCAAACUCAGCGGUCCAAAACCAUCCCAAGAACUAGCUUCCGGAUCAAUACAGACUGCUUCUAUUAUUAAAUCAGUGGGGCUACAAGUAAUAUCCAUCGCUUUCACAGCAGUGCUGGAUUGCACGAUUACCACCGAAAUGAGCUAAAAACCAAAUGCGAUGAUUUGCGACAGCCCACAUCUUUCUCAUUUGCUCUUCUUAAGGCUUUGGACGUGAACUGCGACUACUUCACCUUCCAGCCUUCAAAGGCCCUCCUGGUUGUGAGAGAUGAUUGAUUGUGUGGCUGUUCAGACCCUCUUAUUGGUUGGGGCUGGUUUCUUGGUCAGUGCCACCCUUCUCCCAUCAUUCCCAGAAGACCAUGGCAGUCAGAAACAGGGUGGGGGGUCUAUAGCAGCUCAUGACCUGGCAGGGGGGCAGCUGGACAGGGAGGAAGGGCUUAUGGCACCCACUGCUGCAGUUGUCAUAUCUAUCGUCCAGCCAGAAGCUCCAGCUAGGCUGUCAGAAGGCAUCAAGUCAGCCAAUAAAAUUCUGCAUUCCGCCACUGACAGCUUGUCUUACCAAUCAAAAGCAGUCAAGGCCAACACUUGGAGUUCUGGCUCUGUAGAGGAGGGAAAUGCUGCCAGCCACUCUGAGCCUCAGACGGGAAGUGAUGCAGCUCCCUUCCUGGUUAAGGUGAGGUCCCACCCUGAAAGAGAGGGCCCAGUGACUCACAUUGGGGAGGGUGAACGCCAUCUGACUGGGCCCAUCCCAGAGGAGACUGGAGCUGACCUCCAGGUCCCUGCCCUGAAAGAGAAGAACCCUGGCCUGGAGAGCGGCUCAGAGAGGGUGCCCCGUCGCAGGAGGAUGUCUGGAGGGGAGCAGCCAAGUGGGGCGUUUUCAGCACAUUCAGAGAUAGGGCUGGAGGCCUCUGUGACCCCAGCAUUGGAGACUACUCUAGGGCCAAAAUUUGCACUGUAUCCACCUUCUCCCUCCAUGGUGCCUGUGGCACUGGAAGCCAAAGGUCAGGGGGAGGAAUUGAGGGCAUCAGAAGAGGCGGGGCCAAGAGGGACACUCAUACAGAACCCAGUGGAGGGAAUUGGAGAACCAUCAGGUGGAGAGACGAGUGAGGGAGAGAUAAGCAUAGCCAAGACGCCGCCCACCAGAGUCCCGGGGUUCCCUAGCCAGACCUGGCACGAAGAUGCCCAAGUCACAGUCGCCAUGGAAACAGGGCCCCACCUGGAUGGCACCCCUGCUCCAGGGCACCCCGAGUGGAGGCAGACAGCAGUCCUGGGAAAAGUCAUCCGGACUCCCUCCUCCCAGGCGCUGGACAUGCUCUCGCCCCUGACCCCAAACCCCGCCCCAGAAUGGAGCACCAUGGGAGAGACUCCACCUCAACCAGAAGCUCCUACCCCUGCCGAACAGCCCUGGGAUAGCUACACCCUGGGCACUGGGGGAGCACCACAUCAGGACGGAGUGGAGGAGCAGGGCAGCACCCCGAGCCCAGACGCUCCUAAGACAGCCUCCCAGCCCCUCCUGACAGCAGCCAGGGGGUCGGAUGAGCCCAUCUCAGAGGACCUGGCUUUGGAGCCUGACAGGGAGGGGACCCUUUCGCCCGAUCACCUCCCCUUGUUAUUCGAGCCCUUGGAUGAUGUCAUGCCGGAGGCAACCGGCGCUGCGCCCCCUGGUGGAUCCCUGCCGCAGCCAUCCAAUGGGAUGGGGCCGGAGGCGGAGCUUGUUGAGAUGGUUACUGUGGAUGAGGACGGCCCCCCUUCAGAGGAUUUGCUGCCCGACUCUCCAUCCUUGGCGUGGCAGAUGUCCGGCUCCGAGAUCCCUGACGCUGUGGGCUCCUCCGUGCUGCCGUCCUUCACAGCACCCCCUUCUGGACCCCUGCUGAGGACCGCUGACCCUGAAGAACGUAGCAUGACUGACACAGCAACAGAAGACCGUCCUAUUUCUGUUGAAACCCCACCCCCCAGUGCCACUGGACAGACUCUCCUGGCAACGGUUGCCAGGGUGACUGGUCUAUCUCUGUCCAAGCCUAAGUCAGGGCUGGAGGAGUUAGAGUAUGAAGAGGAGCAUGAUGAGGAUGAGGAGGACGAAGACACGGACGAUUACGAGGAGGAGGAAGAGCACGAAACAGAGGCUCCCGUCCUGGCUGCCACGCCCCCCGCCUACAGCCACGUCCCCCGCCCCCCUUUGUGGGUGCAGCGCAACCAUGGCCUAGUGCGCAGCUGGGUGGAGAAGAUCAGAGAUGAGGCGGGGUAUGUAUCUGGGAUGCUGGCGCCAGUGGGCAUCGGCAUUGCAGGGGCCCUCUUAAUACUGGGCGUUCUGUACAGCAUCAGGGCAGCUCACCGCAAGAGGAGGAACACCAUCAAACAGCAGAGGAGGAAGCAGAGGGAGAUGACGAGCAGACAGGACCAGGCUAUGCUCCUGGCUGACAGCUCGGAGGAUGAGCUGUAACUCCCUUCUGUGACAUCACCCACACAGCAACCAGCCACGCCCAUGUUCCCAUGCCUUUGGGGUCACCACGACUUCCGCUGGCAUGCUGGGACCCUUUCAUCAUGCUUUACCCCUGGACUCCCAGGUGCAACACGCUGAACAGCAACCAUGAGACGAGAAUAUCGUUAAGAGGCCUUGCUGUCGCAUUCCUUUCAGAACCAUGGACACCAGCAAUCUCACACAUCCAGGAGAGGAUUCCUCCCCAGUGUCAUGCACUACAGGCACAGAAUAAAGAAGAAUUAGCCCUUGUCCCAUUCUCAUUGCCGAACCACCGGCUUCAUAUACAGUGGGAACCAUUCCUUUUAAAUGACUGUUGAAUGUUGUGUCCAGUUAUAUUCAGUGGUAAGCAAGGGACCCCCAUUGUCAGUUUUCCUUUCAGAUAAUGUUCAGGACAGUGCUUGAGAAAAGUGAUGUAAUCAGACAGAGUAUCUGAGUUACUCUGCAAGACUCAGCCAAUUGGCCGCUCCAUGUCAUUUCCACUGGAGGCACCAUCCAAUCAUCCUGAUGCCCUUUAUGUCUAAUUUACAUAACUGUAAGGUUUCACUGUAACACAAAUAUCGUACAUGCUCCGGGUGAUGUCAAAAGGGUCAGAAAGAGCAAAUACGUCUAUGUGUUCUACAUACAACUUGUACAUACUGUAAAUACAUGGUAAUGGACAGGGCUGUUUGAUAAACUGUAGUUAGACUCAACAUCUUUACAAUAUUAAUCGUCCAUGUAACUGUAGCUGCCCGUUAUUUUGCUUUGUAGACUACGAGAGGAGACAUUAUCUUUUAGAUGAAGCAUGCGGGAACUUCUUCAUGUGGACAGGCCUCUGGUAAUGUAAGUGAACCACUACCACGGUCUAGCUGUUGCAAAACAACAGUUGUUCCUUUUGAAGCUUCCAUGGUACCAUCGCAGUCAUAUGCCAGGCUCGUGUGUUUCAUUCUGUACGACUUACUAAGCAGUGGACAAGUAUAUGAAAACAAAAUUGAGAAAAUCACGUAGAAACAUUGUGUAGCGUUAAUAUUUAAUAUUUAAACAUAACCUGAUCCAUUUAUUUUCUGUUGAUAAAAAUGUAAUUAUUUUUUCUGAUUAUUUUAUAAAAAAAAAAAAAACAGUUCUGUUUGUACAAGAGUAGAAGGGGUUCUGGUGUGAUCAGACCAAAUGAGAGCUCUUGAGUGUAAGGCAUCUGCUUAGUGUGUAUCCAUCCAAAUUAAGGCUCUUAGAAUACAAGGUGCCACUC